AUGCCACCCAGUGGUGUUGACUAUCAGUUACAAGGGCCUUCGACUUCUAGCCAAUAUCGUUCUGACGUGUUGAUUAAGAGCUCUAUGACGCUCGAUGGUACUGGUGUCCCCACAUUAACUAAACAUGUCCUCAAAGGCGUCGAAGCUGACCUCAGGUUCAGUACCAGAACCACCCGCUUGGACGACUUCCUCGAUACUUUCUUUCCCAAAUGCGAUAGUUCCUCCGCUCUUCUCAAUACCCUGAAAGGCAUAGGAGCGUACGAUGCGUCCGCUGGUCGAUGGAAAUCUCUCCCUGCCCAACCUCGGGGUUCUGAACUGCCGUAUUAUAUUGCAUUUGCUGACGCGGCGAACGCUGUUGGCCAGGCGGCGUGUGGCGAGAACGAAGCUCCAAAGCGUUUUUGGCUAGACCGGCAUUCAUCGAAACCCAAGUCGUUCACACACGCGGCUGCUAAUCGCCCUGAUGUAGUGAAUGUUUUAGGAAACAAGGACGACUGGGAAACGCUGAGUGAGGCUAUCCUUAAAGCCGAAAACAAUAUCCCGGAGUCUGGUCCCGAUACGAUGGACCAAAUGACGCUGAAGAAGAUUCAGGUAUCGUGGGUCCGUACCAUUGUGCCUGUCGAGAUCAAGCCGAAGACGGUGGUCAAGCUCGAAGAAGCACAAAAAACAAUCACGCAGCUCUGUGGAUAUAUGCGACAGAUCCUAAGAGAGCAUCUGUCUCUGUGGUACUGCGACCGCUCGGGCUUGGUGGGAGCUGAUAGUAACAUCGACAUCCACAAUGAGCCGGACAAGUUUAUCCGAGUGAUAGCGCAUUUCUCCACCGCGGAUCCUUUCCAAUUAGGCUGGGAUAGGACCAUGAAAUUAUACAGGGGACUCUCAGAGAAGGCUGUAUAUUCCCAUUCCCCAGAGAUACCUUUAAAUUACUUUGAAAUACUACCCUCACUGCAUCUCGUUCGAUGGCUCAUUACAGUGCGUAAUGCGGACGCUAAACCACAUUUUCUCGUCACGAUCCGUGCGCUCAGCGUCGCUCGGUCAGAAAUAAUGUGCGGACGUGGAACUCUUGUCUGGCUUGCAAUGGAUUUAGCGAAAAAAGAGAUUGCUGGGCCCGGUGACCAUAUUAGCCGCGUCUACUUGAAUCACGAGGUUCCGGGAACUAGGACAUUUUCCGACCUUCGAAAGGAUGUGCAUACCUAUCCUUUUCAUCAGAGGUCUACUAGCCAAGCAAGUAAAACAGCGAAACGAAAAGCGACACCGGAUGAGGUGCUGCAUGUCAAUGUCAUCAGUGGUUUGCGCGAUUUUUUAGACUUUCCUGUCACCUCAGAGACGGUAGUGGAGCGUGUAUUGACGCGAUUGGUUCUCAAAGACUAUGGAUGGCCGCUAAAGGUUUUACUAACCAUGAAAGAGUUUUUGACGACGGUGCAUGGAACUUUUCUUGGUAACAUGUUGAUAUGCCUGGCCAAGGACGAAAAAACGGGUCUGUUGAAGUUGUUUGAUACGAACGGGCGAAUCAGCGACAUGGAUCAUUCCAAACAUGACAUGGAUUACCAUGAUCCAGGCCCUCUUCAAGACAACAUGCAAGUUGACAUCCCGCUUCCAAAAGUGAUUGAAGUAUACAAGUAUCCGCCGAUGUCGGAUGGUCUGUCGGACUUGUUCGCCUCACUUCCUUCAAGCAUGGAUGACACGCAGUUGGUGACUUACUAUAAGGCUCUUCUCAAGUCUCUUUCAAUAGAAAUCAAAAGGAGUAAUACACGCAUUACAAUCGCACCUAAGGAUGUUCAUAUCUUCAUAACGCCUGAGACAAAGAUGCCUCCUUCUUUUGCCAGUCAUGUUGCUCAACACGGUGAACGUACGAAAUAUAUAAACAGGGCACCUUACCGUCCUGGUGGACCAUUGCAACAUGCGCUCAAGUCCCUGUCCGAGGCUGAUGACAACGACACCUACGAAACGAGAAAAAUCCGUACCCUCGUUUAUUUCUUCUUUGAUGCCCCUGAGAGCGACAUCCUGUAUAAUAAGAGGAAGCUAUUCGACAAUCCCGGUCCAGAACAUCUCCAAGAACAUGUACUCGACUACUUUGAUCCAUAUUUUGAACCGCUGAAGCCGGUCAUCCUGGAAUGGUGGCAUAUCUUGAAUCUGGCAUACCACUUCAGAGAUGGCUUUGAGUACAGGUUUCCGAUCCUUCCUUUUCAACGCGCCAUCGAGGAAGCUCUUCAGCGGCUUCCGGACAACUACGAGGAGAUCACCGGAGUCACUGCUUUCUAUGAGGCGGAGCGUUCUCGACGGGAAGGAGAGCUGGAUUUGAUUCGAAAGGCCUUGACAGAGUGUGAUGUGCUUGAGACCACAGACACUGGUCCCGUGUGGGAUAGCCCGGAGCGGCCCAAGACGCACGUUGGUGUCGGCAGCUACGACCAAGGUUUCGUUUCGGUACCUGUGUUGUACGACACCCCUUCUUCGCCUACGUCUCUUCCCAAGAGUAAGAAGUUCCGUGCUGCAGGCGACCAUGCAUGGUACGUCGACGCCUUUCUCACUCGGUUUUCCUUUCUUAUUAUCUUCUAA